AUGCCUCAUGAAAAAGGGAUUUCAGAGGCUGCAGGCAGCUGCCGCUUAUCUUUGAAUCCGAUUCCUGAUCUUUCACUGCACAUAAGCCCUCCAAACGCAAACACAAACAAAAACGCAAACAGUGCUCCCUCCUCCAUUUGCACUGACCACCGCACAAACAAAGCACCUAAUCAUCACGAAUCCGGCAGCUGCUUCGACAUAUGGCGCAGAGACAUGGACGGCGAUGGUCUGAUUAACAAAUCUCACAGUGACAGUUGUGUUAGAAGAGGCAGCUGCAGUCUAGUCGCAGCCGCUGAUCAUGACACUGAGCUCUCUCUCGCAAAUCCCACAGCUUCGGAGGCUGAGAGCCGCUGGAGAAAAAACUAUUUCAACACCCGGGGAGGCGGCGGAGAGGGUCGUCGUCAUCAUCUUCAUCACCAUGAAGAAGAAGAAGAAGCAAAGACCAGUAUAAGUCAUGGGUUUUCGAUGCUGGAUGUAGCGGAGAGGCUCAAACCCAUCAAAGGAAUUCCAGUUUACAACUGUCCUUCUACUAAUUGCUCCUUUCCUCCCAACUUGGAGGAACAAACUCACUACUCAAGAGUGGACCGAGAUCAGAGGGAUGAUUUUGAUUCUAACAAGUUGCGCUUGUAUCUAUCUAAUUCCUUGAGGCCUGCUGCACCGGCUGCAAAUUCAUGUAGUGGUAUGGGAAUGGGAAUGGGCUUUGAAUCCGCCAUGUCCCGGACGUUUAACGGGAUGACCAUGGACAGUCUAAGUCAACGACAACACUACUUUCCGUCGUAUAAUUUGAAUCAUUUGCAGCAGCAGCAGCAGCAGCAGCAGCAAUGCAGUGUUGGUGGUGUUAGUGGAGGUGCAAAUUACAGUUAUAAUUAUAAUUCGGAUUUGCCCUCUAAUGGAUUCAUCAUGAGAUCGAGAUUUACGCCGACUAAGCUAUCUCAGAAUAUCAACAAGAAGAACAUGAGGGCGCCAAGAAUGCGCUGGACUACUUCCCUCCAUGCCCGUUUUGUUCACGCUGUCGAGCUCCUUGGCGGCCAUGAAAGGGCUACUCCAAAGUCAGUGUUGGAGCUCAUGGAUGUCAAGGAUCUCACACUUGCUCAUGUUAAGAGCCAUUUGCAGAUGUACAGAACUGUAAAGAACACUGACAAACCUCUAGGUUCCUCAGAUGGAUCUGGUGAUGAAGAUCUUUUGUCCACAACAACAACACAUCAUCAUAAUUCAAGUGCCUUACUUAACCAAAGAGGAGCCUCAAAUUUAGAGCACGAUAUGGAACACCACCACCACCCUUCUUCUAACAAUCUGUGGGGCAAUUCUUCCAGCCUCUUAUAUAUAUACUUGGACUUGAAGAGAUUGCUUGCUUCUCUCUAA